UAAUAAUGUUUCAUUGUUCAUAAGUAAAGGAGAGAGAAGAAAACACUUUAAAAAAUUGCCGAUGACAAUUCGAAAUUAUUCGAAGUUUCUUCGAAUGCCACAUUUUGACAAGUUUUUGCAUCCAAGCCAACAUCCACCAUUUUUGUGUAUGGAAAGAAAUUUUUUGAUAUUGUAAAUAGUUUGCAAACAAUUUCGAUCUUCUGUGCAAUUAUUUGUCGAGCGUUCCGUGAGUGUGUUAAAAGUAAUGGCAACAAACGAGGAGCAGCGAGAAGCUUUAACAACUGAGUUAAAAACCAGGCCCAUUUGUCGCUUUUGUCUUGCCCAAGUGUUAGAUGAUCUCAGUAAUAUAUAUGCAAAGGAUACUCCAGUUAAAUCAUUACUCCCACUGCCGGUGGAAAUAAUGGCUGUUGCUUCCAUAGAGGUAUUUCUAAACGAUGGAAUGCCGCCUUCGGUAUGUUUAAAAUGUCGGUUGACAUUCGACUACUGUUAUCGGUUCAAGCAAAUGUGUAAGAAGGCGGAAAAUUUGUUGAGCCAAGUUCCACUUCUUGGAGACUGGCCGGCUCCAUUGAAGAGACCAACUAUACCGUCAGAGCUUUUACCAAAGCUUUCUAUGGUGCCCAACGAAGAUAAAAGUUUUAAACACCUAGAAGAUGCAUCAUCCUCUGCUUGUAAAGACCAAUCACAAGCGCAGCCCCUACAACACAGCGCUAAAGUAGGCAUUUCAAAAUCAACUAAUACCAAGAAAACAUCCACGUCAGUAUCAACUCCCAGGAAAAUACUUAAUUCCGAUCCAGCUGCUUUGCCGGAACCACCGAUGCCAAUGCGUGUAAAAAAAGAGAAAAGUGACGAGGCUUUUAGUUUCCUUACUAAAGUGGAAAAUAAUGAGGAAAUCUCAAUAGAUGAUGUGCAACGUUUGAUUGCUUCUGAAGAUCUUGAUUUUACCUCACUCGAUGUGCAAUUCAGGGAAUUCACUCCUACUAAGGCGGCCACAUCAACUACGAACACAACGAAAAUGAAACCAAAAGUACUAAACAAAUCCUCCAUACGCAUAUUGAACAAGGAAGCUGACGUAGAUGUGGAACCACGGCUUAAACAACCACAGCUAAAACAGGACGAGGAUGGAAACGUUUCUAUUGUGACUGAAAUAUUGGAUCCUAAUGAGCCUUAUGAAACUGAACCAGAUCCCAUAAAGAACGCGGCUCCGGUCAAGACAAAUGUUUUUCCAUGCCCCUACUGUGAGCGCACAUUUCCGCUGUUGCAGCUGCGUGACAUCCAUGUUGUGAAUCAUACGCGUGAACGUCAUUAUCAAUGCGGGGACUGCGAUCGUUCAUUCUUCUCCAAGUACGAUCUUCAAAAACAUAUCGUAAUUCAUACUGGUGAACGCAAGUAUAAGUGCUCAGUUUGUGACAGAGGUUUCACUAGACCCGCACUAUUACAUAGGCAUGAAAAAAUACAUACUGACAUACCCAAGUAUCUUUGCAUAUUUUGCGAGAAGACAUUCUUGUCGAAAGAUGAUAUGGAGAAGCAUACUGAACGGCAUCGAAAAAACCGACCAUUCAAGUGUAAAGUGUGCUCCAAAGCAUUUGCCUUUAAACAAGGUCUGGAACGUCACGAAGUGGUGCAUUCAACCGAACAGCCAUACUCCUGUCAAUAUUGCGACAAAAGUUUUUGCACAUCUUCAAAGUUGGCACGCCAUCUUGUUGCACACGCAGGGAGCCGACCCUUUCCAUGUAAAUUUUGUCCAAAAUCAUAUUUGCUUUCGCAUCACUUGUCACGUCACAUGCGUACACACAAAGAAGGCGUCAUUAUGUAUUCGUGUAAUGAAUGUGAUGAAGUUUAUAAGACAUGCAACGAGCUAGUUUUGCACUCUGCAAUACAUGCAACUGUAACACUGACAUGCCCACUAUGUCAACAAGUAUUUGAAGAUGUAGAGUCGGUAACGGCGCACAUUAAGGAACAUGCCAGUAAUGAGUCGUACCCCUGCGAGUUCUGUGACUUAAUUUUUCUUACUCUUAAUGAACAAAACUAUCACAUAAAUAGUGCGCACGCUGCGGAUCUGGCAGCAUAUACGGAGGAUGUCAAGAAUAUAACAUCUGAACAGAAACAAAAAAACGAUGAAGAAAUAGAAGAAGUUAUUGAAGAAUUCCUUAUUGAUGAAAUACUCACAGAUGAUAAUGAAUCAUUUAAUAUAUCCAAAGACAGCAAAGACGAUACAGACAAACAAAACGUUGAAGAAACGAAACAACUGAAUGCCGAAGUUGAACAACAUUGCGAUGAGGAAUAUUGUUUGAAUGAGAUUAUCGACGAUCACGAGCCUCCUACAAAGAAAAGUAAAGUUAUUGUCACAACUGGUACAAAAAUUGCAAAGACUACUGCAAAUGAAGGCGGUGUUCCAUUGCGUCGCAAAGCACUGAGAAACAAUGCAGAAAAUGUAGUCGAGCACACUUCGCGAAAAUCACCUAGAAAUAUUAGUGUAAGUCAAAAUUCGGCGAAUAGCAGUGGACCGACAACAAAUCAAACACCACAAGCUGAACAUAGUAAUGAGAAUGCCGAAAGUGGAGCCUCUUCUACCAGUAAGGAAUCGAAAACUUUACAGAGGUCCAAUCAACGAAAAUUGACAGCCGGUAUAGGAAGUAUGGAGACUGAUUCUAAACCUGUAACACUUAAUAAAGGGGGUGUAGCACUUGGAACGGAGGCUGGACCUGCAGGUGAUACGGUUACAAAAAUAAAAGUGGGUGAAAAAAAAAUGAGAGUACAGAAAAUUGUCGUCACAAAAGCGGAAGCAGCAGCCAUGGCCAAAGAAGGACGUUUACGUAUAAAGGAUGGGAAUUUGAUACUCACAACGAAGGCGUCAAAAUAAUACAAGAUAUAAAUAUACAAUUGUACUGUAUGCUUGAAUUAAAAUUUUCAACAAGUCUCGUAUCCAAAUAUAUAUACAAGUAUAUACAUACGUA